CAUACAUUCGAAAGGAAAGCAAAUCUACAAGUCUCUCGGUCCAUAUAUAAACACCAAACCGACGAUACCGUGAAGACCUGAAAAGAAAAGAAAAGAAAAAUAACAAGGAAAAAAGAAUGAUGAUGAUGAAGUCGUUGAUUUGUCUGUCUCUCAUCCUCCUCCCUCUCGUAUCCGUCGUGGAAAGCGGUCUUCUCGGUGGCGCCAAGCCGAUCAAGGAUGUAUCGGAUCCGAACGUCGUAGCGAUCGCCAACUAUGCCAUCGAGGAGCAUAACAAACAAUCUAAGGAGAAUCUUGUUUUCGUGAAGGUUGUCGAGGGAACGACGCAAGUGGUCUCCGGUACAAAGUACGAUCUGAAAAUUGCGGCCAAGAAUGGUGGUGGUCAGAUCAAGAACUACGAGGCCGUCGUGGUUGAAAAGCUGUGGCUUCGUUCCAAGAGCCUUGAGUCUUUCAAGGCCGUAUAGAGAUCUUAAUUUGGAUUUUCGUAGAUCGAUCCCUCGGAGAUAAUUUAAAUCAAUCUAUAGCGUUUGAUGAUUUGAGAUUUUGACGUUUAUGUUGUCUAUUGUUGUUGGUAAUAUUUCUGGAAUAAAAAGAAUAAAUAAAUUAGAUAUAUGUUUUUGAGAUCUGA